AUGGCAGAUACCGCUCAAAAAACUCCCUCAAGAAGACUGUCUGCAGUCUCUUCAACUUCUAACGGUACUUUAUCAACCCGAAAUCGUACUUAUCAAGCAAAUCCUUCUAAUAAUGCUGUAACAAAUGAUCAAAAUGUUUCCGAUUUCUCUUCAUGGCCACAACAAUCGCAUGUGAGAAGUACUUCUACAAAUUCACAAAGAGGGUCCUCACCGUCUAAGAAAACUAGCGGUAAUCCGGUAAAAAAAACAAAAGAUGGGAGAAUGGAUAUGGGAUUGUUAGAUACCGCUCAUCUUGAUCAAUCAACCCCAUCCUCAUCUAGUCAACCAAUUUUAUCUCCUCGUAAAAAAUCUAGUCGGAAGAAACUUAUCGAAGAUAAAGAAACUUAUAGAGCAGUAGCUGAAAAUGUACUAAAAAUGUUUAAUGAUCUGGAACUGGUUGAAGAUAAACUUGCUGACCAGACUAGACAAGUCUUGACAAAAAUGGAGAAAAGUUUUUCUAUUAGAGGAAGCGAAAGUGAUGAUGAUGAUUUACAAAGCAAGAUUGUUUAUUUAGGAAGCGAUAAACCACGAAGUGCACAUUCUACAAAACGUGUACCUUCAACUCCUACUACUCCUAUAAAACCAUCUCUUAUGCGACGUACAAGUCAAGAAACUGUUAAAACAUCAAUUGCACAUCUACCUCUUUCUAAUGAAAGAAAGUCAAGUGGUCAUGUUAAAUACGCUAGUGAUGGUACUAGUUUAACAGCUAAUGGCCAGAUUGAACCAACUAUAAGUAAAAAAGUAUUAAAGGAGUCACGUUCGGAUGAAAAACUUAGGAUGAAAGAAAAACGAAAAACGGUGGGUGGUGUUUCUAUGGAAAUAAAAGCUGUCGCAAUGGCACAAAUGGAAAAAUUUGCAUCAUUUGAAAAACAUUUACGAAGAGAUAAUAAUAUUUCAAAGUCAAAAACUGUUAAUGGCCUAAUGAAUUCUGUAUCGGAUGAUGAUUAUAAUCCGGUUAGCGGUCGAACUCCCUCACCCCUACUUCCUACCGUUAGUAAAUCAAAAACUAUGCCUAUAACUCCUCCACCAUCUAUUUUAACUUCAAGAUUACCACCACCGGCUCCUAUUCGUAGUGUUAGUUAUGGUUCAAAAAAUACUCAAAAAAAAUCUGAAUAUGACAAUAAUUCGACUGUCAAUUUUGAUACAAAAAAUCGAAGAUUAACCGUUAAUGGUUCUACUAAUUCUUCGAGUAUAUCUCCACCAAAGCCAAUUAAUAGUAGAACUACAACACCGACGUCAUCUAAACGGGAUUCACUACCUCCACCAAUAAGUGAUAUGCAACCUCCACCACCGGUACCUGCUAUGCCAAGUUUGCUCCCUAAAUUAACAAAAGUUCAUGAUGAAAUUCCUCCUGUACCUGCAUUACCUUUAUCAAUAUCAAACGAACAAAAAUCUACAUUUUCAUCAAAAGGUGAUAAUGUUUCACCUCGUGAAAAGAGAGAUAAAACCACCGAGACAAAAAGGACAAGGCAGAGAGGAGCGAUGCACGGCCAACAGCAGACUGAUAGGAUAGUCCGACGACAGGUUGGAAAAACACUUCCAGCCAACAUGGCUCCUGCUCCUGCUCAAUUGGCCGCUCUUACUCUACCGCCUUUUAACAUUAACGCAUUGCCUCCAAAUGUUAAGAUACCUACACAUUCCAAUCCUCAUAUUAAAUCAAAAACCCCUACUGCUACUUUCAGAAUGUUAACAACUCCAACUUCAAAAAUCCCUACACCAACUCUGAUACCAUCAAAACCUGCCAAAAUUGGUGGUCUAUCAUCACCAAAUGGUAAGGGACUUAUAUCUAGUUCAAGAGUUGCUCCCUCAUCACCAUCUAGUAAACAAGGGCGUUCACAAAUAAGUAAUGGUACAGCUGUAAAUUCAUCAACUAGUAAUUCAAUAAGUUCUAGCAAAUCUGAUAAAAAAUUAAAUAAAAGGCGCCUAUCGACUGCUAUAUCUAAUAUGUUUUCAGGAAAUAGAAAUAAUUUAUCUUCUACUGCAAAAACUCCGACAAGUUUAUCUUCAACUAAUUGUAAACAACGUUCAACUUCAAAAACCACUCAUUCUUUGAGUGCAAAUUCUUCGACCACCAAUCUUACUAAUCCGUCCAACUUACUUACGCCGGGUUAUGGUUUAGAAGUAGAUUACUCUUCUACUGAGAGUACGCCAAGUGGUUACAAUAAUUCUGCUGGACAGUACGAUGAUAAUACGACAAGUGGGUCUUCAGCUAUGAAACCUCAAGUAGCACUUAAAACUUAUGCACCAUCUUUAUCAUUAUUUGAACGUUCUGAAAUAUUAGAAUAUUCUGAAGUUUAUUUUGUGGGUCAAAAUGCUCAAAAAGUCGCAUCGAGUCCUGAAUUGACUGGUUGUAAUUUUGGCUUCGAUGAUGAACGUGGAGACUAUAUCGUAAUAAACAAUGAUCAUUUAUGUUAUCGUUAUGAAAUAGUUGAAAGUCUAGGCAAGGGUUCUUUUGGUCAAGUAUUAAAAUGUCUUGAUCACAAAACGGGAGAGUAUGUUGCUGUUAAAAUAAUUCGUAAUAAAAAGAGAUUUCAUUGUCAGGCAUUAGUAGAAGUAAAGAUUUUAGAAUGCCUAAAUAAAUGGAGUCGGUUUUACCGAUCCCCUGAAGUCAUAUUAGGAAUGACUUAUAAUAUGGCAAUCGAUAUGUGGAGUUUAGGUUGUAUACUUGCUGAACUGUACACAGACUUAAAUGGAAAUCCGCGCCCAGUUAUAAAUUCAAAAGGUAAACGGCGGCGGCCUGGACAAAAAACAUUACAGAAUGUUUUGAAAUGUCAGGAUGAAGUUUUCUUGGAUUUUAUAUCGCGCUGUUUGCAUUGGGAUCCUGAGAAACGAAUGAAGCCGGAUGAAGGUCUCAUGCAUGAAUGGAUAACUGAUGUAAAACUUAACACCAGGAACUAUCUUACGAAUUACGAUUUGAUGAGACGACAAAGCCCAUCAACAUCUCAUCCACCAUCAAAUAGUAGUCUUUCUAUGAGACAGUCCAACGCCUCUAGUAUAGCUCGUGGAACACAGUCAAGUUCACACAGCACACAUAAAUCUACAACCUCUACUUCAAGCCAGAAUCACUUGACACCCAGCAACCAACCAGCACGCAGAAGCCUUGAUGGUCAAAUACGUAGUAAUGGCACAAGGCAACAACAACAAUACUCCAACACAUCUAUUCCAAUGUCUUUAACUGCUAGAAACGAAGUCAACAGUUUUUUGGUGAUUUACAAAAUACCACAUUACAAUGGGCAAUGUGGUAUUGCGGCAAUGAGUGAUGAGCCAUCAGAUUCAUCUUCCGAGGAAUCAUUGUCAGAUGUCACUUUUGUUACUAGUAAUUUGUGGGAUUGCUGA